AUGGCGUCAGCUCUUUCAGCCUUACUCGAGGAGCCCACAACUCCACCAAAGCUCGAAACGGACAACCCGACUCCAGGCAGGUGUUUCAUUCAUUAUAUUGGUUUUUAGGUAUAUUAUUAUAGCAAGUGUCGCGGAGACAAGCAUUAAUUUGUCUGGAGAAGUGUCAGCUUUGCUAAUUACGGCAUUAGCUAUUUUGAUUUUUUGAUAUUAGUCUCAAAACUGAACAAUAUAAAGAUAAUUUACUUUUACGUGUGUAAAAACUUAAAUUGUAAUGCUUAAACUAUAUUAUAGUACCUUAUUUUAGUUGGAAGUCCUCGGCACGACAGAAUGCUUUUGGAGAACGAGAUUGUGGAUCAGUUGGCCAAUUCUAGUGAAGUGUUACCUAAAAGUGGUCUAGGUAACGCGAUCGACAACCUUAUCGUUCAGUGGAAUCAACUUCUGGGUGACUUCAGUGCUUCAGUUGGCUACGCCCCUCCAUCGUUGGAUCACGUCAAGGAGAAGGCAGAAUACUCGGUAAAGCAGGUCAGAGAAGCUGGAUUGGACGUGCAUGCAGAAAUAAACAAAGUUAUGUUAGAAUGGAGGUUAUCUCAUCCAAGAGAAGCUAUUGAAGAGGAUAUUAAAGAUUUUGAGGAAGUGGUAGAGCGACAGAAUGCUUUGUUGGCUUCUGUCAAUGAGAGGUUAGAUGCCAUGGAGAAGAAGCACGACGAUGGUGCUCUUGACUGA